AUGCAGCACCUCGCACCCAUGCCUGCUGUGGAAGGCAAAGGGCUGGUGGCAGAGCUGCAGAGAGCUGCCAUCUGCCCUGCCUGCAGGGGCCACUUUAAGGACCCAGUGACCCUGGACUGCGACCACAGCUACUGCCGGGCCUGUAUCACCCGCCACUGGGAAGAAGCCGCUUUAGCUGGGAAGGGCCCCCGGGUGCUGUCUUGUCCUCAGUGCAAAAAGGUUUUUGAGAGGAAGAACCUUCGGACCAACGUCAAGCUGGCCGUGGAGGUCAAGAUUACCCAACACCUCAACGCAAAGACGGCAGAGGCACCCUUUGCUCCGAAGCCCAGGAGGCGCCGAGGAGGGUGGGUCGGCAUCCCGAAGGAAAAGGAAGGCAUCACAGAAGUCUGCAGAUGCUAAUGAGCAUCAGACCCUUCCAGAUAUUGCUGAUCAUUCUCCGAACACACCAGCAAGUCAGCCCGGAGCUCUUCCCAGUGGCAAGCCUUGGGAGCUUCUGCCGAAGGAACCAAACAAAUCUCCCGCUCAGCCGACCACACGGAGGCCCCUGGAUUUGGGGAGGUGGGGCUGAAGCAGCAGCCGGGCCUUUGACUCUGGAUUUAAGAACGCUCCUCCAGUCAAUAGGGAGAAUUCCACCGAUUAUGGACCCUGACGUUCAUUGUAAUUUUUCGAAGAGGCACCAGGCCUCAGACCUUCUUCGACGCAGCAAGCUGCGAUGACGUGGUAAAGAAGAGACAUGUACUCUGCACAUGCCCUUUGCCUUUGGCUACCUCUUCGUUGCUUCACGAAUGAGCCCUGGGCCCAGGCCCAAGGGCUGGAAUGCCUCUUGGUGAGAUGAAACCACGUUCCCAUAACCGAGUAAUUUGGGGUCGGCAAAAUCCCGACGGUCUGGCUUCGUAACAGAACUCUCUGGGCAAGGUUGCGAAGCCAGUAUUGAGGCCAUUCAAUAUGGGAGAAGGGGUUUUGAUGUUUGCAGUGGAGUUGCUGAGGACCUGCAAUACGGUUUAACCCACCUGGCGGUGGGAGUGUUGGUGUAGGGUGUGGGUUUUUUAUAGAAGCAGGAAAAAGACCCGUGCAACGGCAGCAGCACCUUUUUAUUCUAUUUGCUAUUAAGGGAUAGGAAAGAUUUCAAACCAAGCUGCUCUAUUGAGAAGCUCUCUUAGCCGUACGUACUUCCUAACUGCCAACCACCCGCGCCAGCAACCUGUUUCCUCUCUGUGACUUACAUUAUCCGUUUUUGGUGGCUCUUCCCCACCUCAGCCCUAGUCUUGCCUGAUGGAAAUAGCAAGCCUUCUAAGCAAAUGUCACAUUGCACCUGUUCUUUGUGCGAAGUGGGGAGUUGGGGUUGGGCAGAAGAUAACAGAUUGGGCUCAGUGGAGAUCCGGUAGAUGUCUGGGUGAUUGGCAGUAGAUGACUAAGUAAUUCUACCUAUGACUCAACCAUAGCAACAAUUGGCUCACGCAGACAAGAAUUCGUGCAGGAGUAGUUGUGUGAAUAAAAAAAGGUGAACCCAACUGUGGUUCUGAAAACAAUUCCCUGGCCUGUGUAUGUGAGCACAGAGGGAACCUUCUUCUACACUCUUUCCCGGAGACGCUGUUCUGCCCUUUUCCAGUUGGUGGGCAUCAGAGUUCAUAGGGAAUGCCAACCCUACAUGUUUAAAGAAUGCCAACCCUGCUUGAUGGCGUCUAGCACAGUGUUGAAGCUACUGUAUAUGAGUGUUGGAAGGCUGUACAUGCAGCCAGAUCUCCAACCGGCAUUAGUGUCCAUGGAACAGCGCUGAAAAUGUGUUGAAGUGUGUAGUUCAGACGUUUCUUAAUUGACAAGAGGGCAAUAAAGGUGCACAGGACUGAAGCACACCCCCUAUUUGGUUGUUUAUCUCUGGUUAUCUGAGAAACUAUUGUAGAAAAUAGGGAGAGAAGCUAAGGAGGCAAAGAAACAGAACGACAAGACCUGUCUGUAAACUUGAACCCGGGGUUACCUAAGCAAUGCAGAGGUUUCAAAUUCCUUUUCUCACUAUAUUUGAAAACAAAGUGAAUUAACACCUUUUCUUUUCCUGCAGCCCUCCCUACAUUAACAUUGCCCUGUGUAUAACAUGCAUAAAUAUAAUGAAGAGACAGAAUCGUAGCACAUUAGUAUAUGGUUUUUAUUUCAUAUAUAUUGUAAUAAUUUUAAUGUUUGGGUGUGUAUAUGUGAGUCAUUCAAUGAUUGUAAAGCCAUAGAAAAAUAAAAUGCAUAAUUACAAAGGAAACUUUUCUUUUCUUCACCUUCAAGAGAGGGAAUUAACUUAGAAGUCUUGUGCAGUCACCCCAAUGAAGGUUUAGCCAUUGAGUCAAACCAAAAUGUAGGACCUCUGUAUCCACAGGGGAUUAAUUCCAAACCUCACCCCCGUGGAUGCUGAAAAAUGAAGAUUAUAGCCAACACUAAUAACAAAUACUAACACGGUUUCAGGCUCCCUCUAAUAGCCAGUUCUGGUGUAUAGAAAUAUUUUCUUUAAAUAUUUUAAUAUUUUCAGAUCGUGGAUAAGUGAAUCAGAGGAUACUGAUCCUGUAGAUAAGGGGGUCCUAAUGUAUAGGCAGCUUCCAAGUUUAACACAAUAUAAGCAGAGCAAAGAACAAGUACAAAUAACACCGUUCUUAAUAAUGUGACUAGAUUAAAGCUGAAAGUGGCUGACACGCACGGAGGUGAAAGGAAAGUCCGAUGCUGCACAACACAUGCAAUUGGAAUAUAGAAGGUGAGAUAUAUAAAUCAGGGAAAACCAGAAGCUGUAAAACAAGAAGGGAAUGUAUAAACAUUGUAGUGCUUGGUGUCAGUGAACGCAAGUGGGUAAAUUGUACUGGUUGUGCUGUAUAAGGGCAGUGGAAAAUUGGAGGCCAUUUCCCUUAGAUCUGCCUGGAAAGCAUCAAAUAAAAUAAAACAGUCAUGGGCUAGUCAAGUUCUGCAAGGCCAGACACAACAUUCAAUAUGAAUGAGUUUCAACACAUUCAUCAGUUUACUGUCACUCACGAGCGCAGCUGUUACCUGAGGCGUUCCAUUCUCAGUCAGGUUUUAGCAGCCCUACCAGGCUUAGCCAGUAGAUCCCAUGGUGAGGGUCCUGGUAGGUGUCGUUCAGCCAUUUCUGAGGGCCACUAAUCGCCUGCUAGCACAGGACCCUCCUGUCACUCAGAGAGGCA